AUGGAUUCCAAACCUACCGAACCAGCUCCUCCGGCAGCUGCUCCAGCAGCUACUGAGCCGGCUGCUUCUACUACAGCUUCUACUGUUCCUAAACCUCCUAAAUCUAAGGGCUACACCAACCCUGCUCUUCAGGCCAUGGGUAUUCCUCGUCUCCGCCUGCCGUCGCGCAAUUGGUGCAUUUUCUGGGCUGUUGUUGGUGGUGUUACUGGAUUGAUUGUUUAUGAUCGUCAUGAGCGCAAAACACGACGUCAAUUCUGGAAAGACACUGUUGCUUCAUUUGCGACAACUCCUCUUGAUACCAUGGAACUCCCACGUAAAGUCACUGUGUACAUGACUCCACCACCCAAUGAUUACCUUGACGUAACCCAGGCUCAUUUCCGCCAAUACAUCAAGCCUGUUCUUACAGCCGCUGCUGUUGACUAUACCGUUCGCACUGAGAGCCGGCAAGGCGAGAUUCGUGCCAUGGUUGCCGAAGAAAUCCGUAACAAGCGCAGAAAAAGUAAGGGUCUUCCUGAAACUCCACCAGACCCAAAGCUCUUCAAAGACGACGUUGAGCGUCAGGCUGAGCUCGGCAUCACUCGCGACCCCACAGGCGGUGUCAUCUGCAUUGGUCGUGGUGCGUACAAGGAAUACCUCAAUGGUCUUCAAGAGGGCUGGCUAGGUCCCCUUGAUCCUCCUGCUGAGCCCGUGGAAGAACUUCAACCUGCUGUUGUGGAGUCCCUUGACAAUGUCACUGAGGCUUCUACCACCCAGCAGAUUGUGAGCUCUCCUGUUCCAAUUGCUAAGACCACUGAAAAGGAACAAGAAGACGCUGCCGCUUUCCCUGACAAGGAUGCUGACGAGCGCGAUAUUAUGGGGUAUGAAGAAGAAAAGCCCAAGGCUGUUGAAGCUUCAACUGAGGAAGCUUCAGCUGAGGAACCUGUCAAGGAAGAAGAACCCAAGGAUAAACGUCCUCCUGUGACUAAGCCUUACAUUCUCGGCAUGAACCGAGGACCCAAGGUCUGGGGUCCUGAACUUCCUCCUGGAUCUGAUUCUGAUUUACUUGCUGCUUCACCUGAGGAAGUUAGUGAGCCCAUUGCUGUUCUUGAGCACCGUCAUGUUCUCGGGUUCCUUAGCAUUCCUGUUCGUGUGAAGCGCUUCUUUUCUCGCCACAAUCUUUCCGAUAAGCUUGGCGAGUCCACUGCUGUUGUUGUUUACAAUGUCUUUAGACCCUUCUACAGUGGCUCCGAAAACCAAGAGUUUGAACCCAAUGACCGGGAAUCCGAUGUUGAUAGCCUUGUUGUUGAGGAAACUGCAGACUGGCCUACUCGCUGGCGCCAAAAGGCGCUCGACAACAAUUCCGAGUGGAUCUGGCCCUUGGGUGUCGACGAGCGUAUUGCUAGCAAGCUGCGCAUUUACGAUGCCGAUGCAGACCUUAAGGCUAAGUUUGUCGAGCUUAAGGCUCAGAAGCCCGAGAAAACUGAAAAGUCCAUUGAAUCUUCUACUGAGGAGAAAGUGUAA